CGUAGACCCGGACCCCGGAUAUAUACUGACCCCUCUAUGUAGCUGCGCUCCGACAGGAAGUCAUUGAGCACUUUGAGGCCGGAGGCAGAUUUCAGGUCACCGAAGCCCAUAACGACGAAGAAGAACCGGCGGGGAGGAAGAAGAAGAAGGAGGAAGGAGGUCGGAGGAGACAGCUUUAUACCCGGAGACUAACUGCUCCUCCUCCUCACAGGACGCUCCUCCUCCUCCUCCUCCUUACCGAUCACUUGGAGGAGGAAGAAGAUACAAAAUGUUUCAGAAUAAAGGUCAUAUUACAGACAGGAAGAAGAGGAAAUGUUUCAGAAUAAAGCCUGCAGACACUCGACCUGCCUCCGGCACAGGAAUGCAGUCAGACCCGUCUCACUGUCACAUGACCCGCUCUGAUUGGACCCACCUGAACACACCUGGGAGACGUUAUCCAGGUGAGUCUCAGUCAGUGGCAGAAGAAGACAGUCCAUUACAGGAUAUGGGUCAAGCUCGCAGCUCCACUUCUCCUCAGGUGAUCCUGAUGGGUUUGGACUCGGCUGGAAAGUCGACUCUGUUGGCCAGACUGCUGACAGGACAGGUUAUGGAAACGUCACCGACCAUCGGAUUCAACGUGGGAACUCUGGACUUGGAUAAGAAGACGUCUCUGACUGUGUGGGACGUCGGCGGACAGAAGAGCAUGAGACCCAACUGGAGGUACUAUAUUGACGACUGUAAGGCUCUGGUGUUCGUGGUGGACAGCAGCAACCCAACCCGGAUUCCAGAGGCCCAGAAGGCCCUAAAGAAGGUCCUGACUGAGGAGAAGUUACGAGGAAUUCCUCUGAUGGUUCUGGCCAACAAGAAGGACCUGCCGAACUCCAUGACCAUACGAGAGAUCUCCAACCAGUUGGAUCUGCCCAGUUACACUGACCGGUUGUGGGAGGUUCAGGCUUGCAGUGCUCUGAAGGGACUCGGCCUCCAACAGGCCUUCAUGUCUGUCAACAAACUGAUCAAGAAGAGCUGAGAGAAGGAUGAGGAGGAGAAAGAGCAGGAUUAGAACUAAAACAUUUAUUAUUUAUGCUGAAUAAAUAUGUAAUAAUAAAUAAAUAAAGAUGAUUAAUGAAGCUGAA